AUGGACAUGAUAAAAGAAUUCAACUCAGAGGCACAUGAGUGGUUAUCAAAUAUUGAGUUCAAUCAUUGGACUUUGAGUAAGUUUGACACUAGAGUGAAGGUAGAACACAUUACCAACAAUUUCGUUGAGUCAUUCAAUGAUUGGAUAGAGGAGCAUCGUUACAAGCCUUCAGUGGAUCUAUUGGAAGGGCUAAGAAUGCAACAAUCAGCCAUGAUGUAUGCUAGGAAAAAGACUGCAGAAAGAUGGGAGCACAAGCUCACUCCAAAGGUCCAUCAAAAGGUACACGAACUACUCAAGAAAGGUCGACGAGCACACGUAACAAGGGUUGGUGAAGAAGAAUUUCAGGUUGAUUAUGACAAGAAAAGUUGUAUUGUAAGAUUAAAUGAAUGGUACUGCAUUUGUGGGCAAUGGCAGGUCAAAGGAAUACCAUGCAUACACGCAGCUGCUUGUAUAAGCAAAAUUAGGGCCAACAUAGAAGAUUAUUGCUCACCAUACUUCACCAUUGAAAUGUGGAGGAAGACUUUCCAGGGUGUAAUUCAUCCCAUAGCUGAUGAAUCUAUGUGGCCUGAGUUUAAUGAUGAAGAACUAUUGCCUCCUGUCAUAAAGGUGCAACCAAGAAGACCCAAAAAACAUCGCAGAAGAAGAGUUCCUGGAGAGGAGAGACCAUUGUCAUCAAUGAUAGAAAACCAGCUAGAGAGACAUAUUCAAGUUGGGAGCUUAGAUGAAUCUCCUGAGGAGAUGCACUUGUCUGGAGCACUAUUAGAUAUUUUCUCAACUCAGGAUACUUAG